UCCUUGUUUAUCUUUUUAAACCGAAUUGUUUAUCCUUUGAUAUUUAUAGGAAAAAGAGUUUCGUCCCGUGGUUACACGUGUUUAUUUGCUCUGACAAUUUCACUUUUUUUCCAAAUGGGAGAGGAUUAAUCCCUGUAUAGGAUGCAUAUUGGGAUUUUUAGGAUGACAUUGCAUACCAAGUCGUGUAUGCAUGGAUUUAUAGCGCAGAAGCGUUGUGUCUCUCUGUGUUUGAGGCCGCGAUUGUUUAGUCCAUGCUGGUGGUCACAUGUGGAACUACAGAAACAAAUCCCGGGCCGGGUAGAGGCUCUCCUAGCGGCUUGUCGUCGUCGUCCCUAUGGAUGGGCUCUCGUAGCUCAACGAGAAACCGCCGAAGCUCGGUUAUCGACACAUGAAAGUGGGGUUAUCGGUGUAUCGACCAGUGGCCAUGCUGCCAAUGGCGGCGAUAAGAAUAUUUUUGGGUUAAUGAUGUCACUGAAAUCUGACUUUAACAAAGGUAUGGACGAUAGAAACAUUUCUCUCAAUUCAGUGAACUUUAAAAUUAAUGAAGUAUUUUCGGUUUGCAUGUUCAUAAAAGCAGAGAAGGAUCUAUUGAAGGAUAAAAAUGUUCAGCUGCAAACUAAACUAGGGAAGCCUGAAUUAAUUGGUGACGGAAUGGAUGGUCAGUCACGCAGAAACAAUUUACUGAUUGAUGGAUGUCAGGGCGAGAUAUACGAAUCGUCAAGUGUGACUCAAAAUAAAGUCAAGCAUUUUCUGAGUGACACCCUUUUAAUGCACAACGUCGAUAUCAUUUGCAUAAAGAGUGCGCAGCGACUGCCCAGAGGUGGGUCAGAAGGUGCAUCCACUAUUAUUGUCAGAUUUGCCAGUAUUAUGGUCAUCAGUUUCGACUUAGCCAUCCCUGGUUCAAGGGUCAUCCAUAUAUCAGUUCAGGGUUGAUCAUAUGUCAAAAGUCAGGCCCAAAUGGCGCUAACAUUCGACAAACCUAAGCUGUUGAAAGAUAUAAG